AUGGAUCCACAACUUGCUAAUGAGAAUUUUCACGUCUACAUCAAGAGGAAAAGACAUGAGUUAAAGCACGGAUCACAGCCAACAUGUGGCCAAGAUAUUAACCCAAUUUCAAGUCCACAUGAAGAAAACAUAGGUAUGGAAAAGGUUGGAGAUGUGCCAAUUCCCAAAAUUGAUGACUCCACCAUGCCAAUUGUAUUGAGGAAGGGUGUUAGGAGAUGUACAUGUUAUCCAAUUGGAAAUUAUGUUACUUAUAGAGGACUAUCACCAUCUUACAAAGCAUUUGCUACUUCUCUUGAUGAUAUUCAUGUUCCUAGCACAACAAAAGAAGCAUUACAAAAUUCAAAGUGGAAGAAGUCAGUACAAGAUGAGAUUGAUGCACUUGAAAAUAAUGGAACAUGGACUAUUUCUGAUUUGCCAGCUGGGAAAAUGCCCGUUGGAUUCUAUGUCAAUGAUAUUAUUUUAUCUGGGAAAGAUGUGGAGGAAUUACAAAAUUUGAAUAAGUAUUUGUCAGAAGAGUUUGAAGUUAAAGAUCUUGAAAAUCUUAAAUAUUUCCUUGCAAUAGAAGUGGCUAGAUCAAGAAAGAACAUUGUUGUUUCUCAAAGAAAAAAUAUUCUAGAUCUUCUUAAGGAGACUGAUAUGCUUCGAUGCAAACCUGUUGAUACUCCUACGAACAACCAAAAGAAAUUUGGCACCGAAAAAGAAAGUAUAUCUGUAGGCAGCGGUAGGUAUAAGGAUGUGUGA